GGAAACAAAGAUCAAGAAGGGAGACUAGGACCGAUGAGUUAGAAAUCUGCUGGUCAAUAAAGCGUGGACUCAAACACAUGGCACAAUAUACAGGAUCAAUAAACAUAUAUAAAGUCUAUAAAAAAAUCAUCUAGAAUCAUGCGGCCUCUUACAGAAGAGGAAACGAAAAUCGUAUUUGAAAAAUUAGCUAAAUAUAUUGGUGAGAAUGUGAAGCUGUUAAUCGACAGACCUGAUGGUAACUACUGCUUUAGACUGCAUGAUAAUAGAGUCUAUUAUGUGAGUGAACUCAUCAUGAGAAAAGCUACAAACAUAGCCAGAGAUAAUCUUAUCUGCAUUGGGACCUGUGUUGGAAAAUUCACCCAAACCCAAAAAUUCAAACUGCACGUAACUGCUUUGGAUUUGAUGGCUCCAUAUGCAAAGUACAAAAUUUGGGUAAAACCUGGAGCAGAGCAAACAUAUUUAUAUGGCAACCACAUUACCAAGUCUGGCUUGGGCCGGAUAACAGAGAACACUCCACAAUACCAGGGAGUUGUAGUUUUUUCUAUGAGUGAUGCCCCUCUGGGUUUUGGUGCUACAGCCAGGUCAACACAGGAUUGUAGAAAAGCCAAUCCUACAGAUAUUGUAUGUUUUCACCAGGCAGAUAUUGGAGAAUAUCUCAGGUCAGAAGAUACCCUUACAUAAACUUAAAUAAACAUUAACUUCAUUUGGACUGUAGUUUACCUGCUCAAUAUAUGUAAGAUCACGAAAGGGUCCAUGGUUAUUCCAUGAUGCAUUGCAACUGGGAUAUAAAAUAUUCCAUUUUAUCAUAUAAUUAUCCAUAAAAUACCUAUACAGUGGAACCCCGCUCUAAGGACACCCGCUUAAUAAGGACACCUCGUUAUUAAGGACAGGUUUCAAAGUCCCAACGAAAGCUCCAUACAUUUUCUGUUAAAUUAACCGCUUUAUAAGAACACGUUAAUAAGUACAAAGGACACAUUUCUAGGACCUGAAUGACAGUUCCCAUACAUAAUCAACCCCGCAUUAAGGACACUUGAAAUUUGAAGACGUCUUUACUGUAUUUGUUUAUUGAUAUAAUGAGCUUAAUACGGAUUGUAUUUUCAGUUUUUGCGUAUCAACGGACCAGUUUGCUAUUACAGCAUAAUGAAAUACCACCGCAAUACCACUGCACUGUUAUUUCCCAGAACUCAACUAUGAGUUAACAAUUUUAUCACUCACUGUUUCAAUAAUCAUAAUCAUAUCUGGCCGCCUCACAUGAUUAGUCUCGGUUUCAAUGCCUUGACCUUUUCACAGAUUUCUUUAAACGAAAUUAUACAGCACAGUACAGUAUGAUACAGAAAUGAUGUAGUGCUUGUACCGUGAUAUGCAGUUUUGUUUCAGUUUAGGCUGUUAUAUUGAACAUUGUAUUUCAAGGUUUACAGCACAGUAAAAAUAAAUGGUUUAAAAAUGUG